AUGAUGUUUGACGAGACGGAAACCGUUGGAGCGCUGUUCGCUGUCGCACAGACCGUUGGAUUCCGAAUGCUCAUGAGAGUUGUCUGCUCCGGCGCCACGUGCGUCAUCAUUCCCGAAGGAACAAGCUUUGCCGAGACGGUGGACGUCGUGCGGAGACACAAGCAGAUCACGACGCUUUUUGCUAGCACCACAGCCCUACACCUGCUUGCCAGGCACGUGGUCAAGAGCGGAAUACGCCUUUCCAGCGUAAGGAACGUAAUAGUCGUCGCCGUUCGCGUAACAGAAAAUGCCCUAGAAACGAUGCUUUCAGCGUUCUGCAUAAAAAGCUUCAGGAGCAUGUACGGGACGACGGAACUCUCGAAUGUGAUCUCCUGGAUGCCACGCGACACAAUGGAACAUAAGACAAUCGGUUUUCCUGCUCCAGACGUGCAAAUGAAGGUUGUUGAUAUAGACACUGAAAAAGUUCUUGGACCUAAGGACCACGGAGAGCUCUGGGUUAAAUCACCCACAAGUAUGAGAGCCUACUACAACAACCCAGACGCGACUGCUGAAGUGAUCACUCCGGAGGGAUGGCUGCGAACAGGAGACAUCGUCUAUUACGACGAAACUGGAAGAUUCUACGUCGUAGAACGUAUUAAGCAAUUCUUUCACUGCAUGGCAUGGCAAGUUGCCCAGUCGGAAAUCGAAGCCGUUCUGUUGUCUCACGAGGUUGUCGAGGAAGCAGCCGUGAUCGACGUUCCACACCCGGAAUAUGGCGAUGUGGCAAAAGCUUUUGUCGUCCUGAAGCCGUCUUACAGAGUACCCGGGAGAACCAGGACCCAGGACCUGCAACGCUUCGUCGCAAGUAACGGAAUUUCAUGA